CAGAUGGGGAGACAGGCUCGUCGCUCCCCUGUCUCAAAGGGGUGCAGAGACGCUUGGCAGUCGGCAGGCGCGGGGCCAGGCUCUGGGCCGCGCGGUUCGUGUGGCUGGCGCGCCCUCUAGCGGCAGCCCUGCGCGCUGCGUGGGGACUGGUGCGGGAAGUCCCUUCUCCCAACCGGCCGCGGUCCCGCCUGCUGCGGCUCCACCUCCGCCAAGCUGCGAGCGGUCUGGCCCUGCCAGUCCGUCCUCAUGGCUUCGCAGGGACGCGGCUGCACGCCCCGCCCCGAUUACCUUGGAGACCGCUUGUACAGUUUCCCCUUUCUUCCGCCUGGCUCUGGGGUCCUGCGGCCGCCUAGGCGGGAGCCCGCCGGGUUGCGGCGGGGCCACAGCGGGGUCCCGGCCAUGCUGGCCGUGCGGAGAGUGAAAUUCUUUGGCCGGCACAGCGGGGAGGUCAGCUCCUCUGCCUUCUCCCCCGAUGGCCAGAUGCUGCUCACAGCCUCAGAGGAUGGCUGCGUGUAUGGCUGGGAGACCCGGAGUGGGCAGCUGCUGUGGAGACUGAGUGGCCACACAGGCCCUGUGAAGUUCUGCCGCUUCUCCCCCGAUGGCCACCUCUUUGCCAGCACCUCCUGUGAUCAUACUGUCCGCCUGUGGGAUAUGGCAAGAGCCAAGUGUCUGCGAGUCCUGAAGGGCUGGUCCCUUGCUGGCAGCCAGGCCCUUAAGAAGGGCCCCAGUGAGCUCACAGGCCCCCAUCCCUGGGGAUCAGAGCUAUCUGCUAUCCAGGCCUCUGGCUCCUGGGACAAGACCAUCCACAUCUGGAAGCCCAUGACCAGCAGCCUGCUUGUCCAACUGAGGGGCCACAUCACCUGGGUGAAGAGCAUCGCCUUCUCUCCUGACGAGCUGAGGCUGGUCAGCGCCGCAUACUCCCGCAUGGUCAAAAUCUGGGACUGCAACACAGGGAAGUGCCUUGAGACCCUGAAGGGCCACAGUGACUGUGCCGCCAUCCCAACAGAUCCCCAUGGCCAGGGGUCUCCUGCUCCCGCCCCAACCACCAAGAGCAAGAAACAGCUGCAGGAUGCUGGCUGGAACCCAUCAGACACCUGGUACCCAGAACCAGACCUGCCCGCCUCUGCCCCCAACCCCAUCAGUGGAAGUGCCAGGAAACAAAGCAGUCUUAAGCCAGCUGUGUUUUAUUGACGGUGCGCCACUCAGGCCUUGACUGCGUACUUCCGCAGCGGGUACAGCCGCUCCUUCCGCUGCUGCUUCUUGGUCUUCAGGUUCUCUUCGUGCUUGUUGAGCCGGCGGCGCAUGGCACGCGUCUUCUUCGGCCGCAGGUCCAGGGGCUUGUACUUCUUGCCCUGGAGACAGACAGCAGGGUGAAUCUGAGGACCCAGGGCGAGGAGCUACUGUGGCAGCUAAGGAGGCUUGGGAGGGCAGAACCAGGGUUCUGGCGCUGGGGAGAUGCCAAGGGAGACAGGAGGGCCAUCCAGAGCCACUCGGGAGGAGGCUGCCUGCCCCGAUGGGACUACCAGCAGGACACACGUCACUAGCUCAGUACCCCAAAUCCAAGGCUGGUGGGAACAUCCUCAUUUCAUGAAAGUCUCCUGACCUACUGGGCUGUGUGCCCAAGUCUUGGCAAAGCUGUGGAAGAGCAGGGACUUGCACCUUAGUCAGAUGACUCCCAACUCAGUGCUCCCACUGCCCGAUUCCCAGUCAUGAGGACAAAGUCACAUGACAACCCAGUAACGGACACGCAGCACCCACCAAGCCCCACGGGUGGUCACUGCUACCUCGGCUCUGGUUAGCAAGAGUGUGCCGGGAGCUGAAGCUGUGCUCCAUUUGUCUGCAGGGCCUGCCAGGUGCUGCCUGUGAAGGCCCAGCCUCAGCGGCCUGGCUGUCCAAGGCCAAAGUCCUGCCCCCUUCAUGCUUUGGGGCCACUGCCCACAGCUGUCACAGUACCAUCAUCUGUCUUUCCAUCCCUGGCUCCCACUCCCGCCCCACUUGCUCUCCACUGGGGGGUUCUAGACCACAGUGGUUCCUGCUGGCCUCUCCUGUGAGUUCUGCAAAGGUCCCCUGGGCCCCCUUUAGGACUGGGCCCUGUGCUGAGAGCUGACUUAGAAAAGAAUCUGACCCAGUCCCUGCUCAGGGGUCCUAGCCCAGUGGGCUAACAAAUGGCCCAUGGUGCAGAUGAGGAGAGAUGAAGGCAGGAGGCUCUUAAAUAUGGGCAAUACCCUCAAAGGCAAGCACCGUGGGUGCCAGGGGAAAGGGCAGGUGGGGCAUCCCUGCCCUAAGCUGGGAUUCUGAGGUCAGAGGGCCCAGGCCCCUGCAGGUGGGCAGAGAACUGCAAAAAGAUCCUUGGAUGAUGAGGGCCAGCCGUGGAGGGUACUUGGAGGCAGAAAGGUCCUUUUUUUAAAAAAAAAAAUUUAUUAAUUUAUUUUUUGAGAUGAAGUUUCGCUCAUUACCCAGGCUGGAGUGCAAUGGCGCAAUCUCGGCUCACCACAACCUCUGCCUCCUGGGUUCAAGCAAUUCUCCUGCCUCAGCCUCUGGAGUAGCUGGGAUUACAGGCACGCGCACCACCAUGCCCAGCUAACUUUUGUAUUUUUAGUAGAGACAGGGUUUCACCAUGUUGACCAUGAUGGUCUCAAUUCUUGACCUCGUGAUCCACCCACCUCGGACCCAAAUAGGCGUGAGCCAUCGCACCCGGCUGCAGGAAGGUCUUUGUCCCUCCACAUCCCUCAUUCCUGCUGGCACUGGCUGGGGACUCAUCCUUUUCACAUUUGCUAAGCCCCUAGAGCUCUGCUGUCCAACCAAGCAGCCACUAGCCACAUGUAGCUGUCACAUUAAAGAUUUACUUUCGCCACA